CCGACGCGCGGACCGGACCCUCUGAGAGUCACCCGGGAGAGGAGCAGCCGUCGCUUGUACCCCGUCACCAUGGACCCCCCAUCCCUGGAUGCAGCCAUCCAGCAUGCGCUGGCGGGCCUCUAUCCUCCUUUUGAGGCAACAGCACCUACCAUCCUGGGUCAGGUGUUCCGUCUCCUGGAUUCUGACUUCCGGGGCGAUGGACUGAACUUCCUCCUGGAUUUCCUGAUCCCUGCCAAGCGCCUGUGUGAACAAGUGCGUGAAGCAGCCUGUGCCCCCUACUCACACCGCCUCUUCCUGCACGAGGGCUGGCCGCUGUGCAUGCGGGAUGAGGUUGUGGUCCACCUGGCACCCCUCAAUCCCCUCUUACUGCGCCAGGGUGACUUCUACCUCCAAGUCGAGCCCCGGGAGGAACAGUCCGUCUGCCUCACGAUCAAGUGCCUCUCUGUGGACCUCCGCACAGUGGAAAUGAAGCCUGUCCCUGAGUCAUCCUAUCCUAUACUUUUCACCCAAGCCUGGCUAGAGGUCAUCAACAGUGACUCUGAGGGCAGUCCCCUACACAACUGCCUGGUAGCUUCAGAAGAUGGCAUGGCCCCUGUGCCCUGGACCAGGAUAACCAGCCCAGAGUUUGUGGAUGACAGACCCCCAGCAGUGAAUCUCCUCUCCCCAGCCUGGGCGUCCCUUCAGUUAGAGGCACUGGAUUUGAGCAGCUCUCAAGAGCUGCACCAGGCCAGGUGCCCAGACAGGCAGGUGCUGCUUGUCCGGAGUUUGGACAAGGGCAGGACACACAGGAACAAGUACCCAGGACUCAUCAAGGUGGAGCAAGCUGGACCUGGGGAGGUGGGCUUCAGGGUGGACAGCGUGGAUAGCCAGGACCUGGAGGGAGAGUAUGUGGCUCUUCUGGACUUUUCCCAAGAGAGCAGAGAAGGGUCUCCCAGUAAGGAGGUGGCGGCACCCAGUGGGUGUCCUUUGGGGGCACCAGAAGAGCUAUCUGGAACCAAGGAAAUCCCUUUCUCUCAAAGGACGCUUCCUCUGUCAGGGGCCAAUGGAGAGCCUUCCUUGGAAAAAUGGGCUUGUGAGAAGCCUGAAAGCUUGAGGGAGAAACCCUGUGUUUGGGGCUUGAGGAGAAAGGCUAAUGAUAAAGUCCCUACCCAAGACUCAGAACACCAGCCCCGAGAGCCAUACCUCAGCAUCUUUGUAAACCCACUGCAUUGUGCGUCUGGCCUCGGGACAGGUGCCUCAGAAGAGCCACCUACCUCCAAGACACAGGGCAUUCUGGGAAACUCAGAGAGCAUGGUCCAGCUCAAGCCAGGACCAAAACAAGCAUCCUCUCCCCGGCUCUGCCCAGCUUCUCCUCUUGCUGCUCCAGCCUCCAAAACCAAGAUGGAAGAGAGGACCAAACAGGGCAAUGGGAGACUUGCCAAGCCUGUGACCAACCCCAGUCGAAACACUUCCUCUUCCGGGUCGCCCACUCCUGGGCUCAAAUUCUCAUUCUUAAAGGGGCAGAGGCAAGCCCCUGCAGCCCCAGAGAAAGCCUCGCUCCAGCAUGACGGGCCCUGGAAAGUCUUGUGUUCACUCUACUCACCCAAACCCAACCGAGCCAAGUGCUUAGGGAAAGCUGGAACAACUCAGACCAAAACAUCUGGCCUAGACGCUGACUCAGACCCAGUGACCGAGGAAAAGGCUGACUUCCCAGAAGCUUCUGCAGGCCCUCCAGAAAAAAGCCCCGCUCUGGACGAGGACCCCCCAGGGCUUGAGCCCAGGAUUGGGGCCCUGAGCGUGGAGAUCUUCCAUUCCAGGAUAGCAUGCCUGCCAGGCGGUCGGGACAGGGCGGGGCGGCCCCUGCUUCUGGUGUCGACCACCAAGGGCCCCUGGGAGGCGCCAUGGUGCACGGCCUCGGAGGUCACCAAGCUGUUUUCUUACCUGUGUGCCAUCCCCAGGCCUGAAGAUAAAACUAAGGGGUUGGCAGUUGUGAUUGAUGCUAGGAAACAGCCCCCACAUCCCAGUCUGGUCAGUGCCCUGCAGGCCACCCAGGCGCUGGUCCCAGCCUCCAUCCGUGCCAUGCUCUUCCUGGGGGAGAAGGAGGCAGCUCUCCAGCUGGAGGCAUUACCUGACAUCCAGGUAGAGGUGCUGACCUCACUGAAGGCCCUGAGCCACCACGUGGACCCCAGCCAGCUCCCUACGGCCCUGGAAGGCCCCUUCCCCUACUGUCAUGGCGAGUGGGUGCAAUUCUUCCAGAAGCUGGAUCCUUUCCUUGUUGACCUUCGUCAGGCCUCCUGCCUGCUAAAGGCUUCCAUCGAGGAGUUUGAGAAGGGUGAGCCCCCUGAAGGAGUGCAGGAGGCCUCCAGGUGUCUGAACAAGUCCAAGGAGCUGAUGGAGGCCGUGCUAAGGGACCCAGGCUUGAUGAGCCUCCAGCGGGAGGGCGGAGCCACCCUGGCCAGGCUGAGACAGGAGGGCAGCAGGCUGAACUUCAACCCGGACGUCAGGAGCCAUCUGGCCGAAGCUGCCGCCCUCUACAGCCUUGUGGAUGAGCAGCUGCACGUCCUGGCCACUGUGUCCAACCACCUCCUAAGAAGGCUGGAGCUCCGUGUCCGUCUGGGCCGCCUGGAAGCUGCCAUCCACCAGGUCAGCCACUGGAUGGAGCAGGAAGGAAGCCAGUGCCUGCAAGUGCUGACCCCCAAGGACGGAAGCUUGGAGACAGUGGAGAGAGCCCACGCAGAGUUUGAGGACUUCUUCCUUCAGGCUGCGGCCCAGUACCGCCGCGGCCUGGAGCUGUGCAAGCAGGCGGCCCAGCUGGCAGCAGCAGCCAGGGCUGGGGAGGCAGGAGGGACCGAGCUUCCGGAGCUGGCAGCCUUUGCCUUCACCCAGCGGGCCUUCCAGGCAAAGCUGACCCACUUCUACAUGGCGGCCGAGCGGCAACGCACAGACCUGGAGACACUGCUCCACCUGCACCACUUCUGCAAGAAGGUGACCUGGUUCCACAUGGACUGUCAGGACCUGAUGGCCCAGCUCAGGCUGGGCAAGGCCCAGAGGACCAGCCCUGGGGACCAGCGCCGUCUCCACCGCUACCUGCAGCGCCUGGCUUCCGAGUUUCCUGCUGAGAAGCUCACAGCCAUGGGGUUGCAGGUGGCCUCAUUGAGCCAGGAGGGCCUGGGCCGGGACCUGUGGGAGGAGGCCCAGGCGAGACACGAGGACAUCCAGAUGCUCCUGAAGAAGGCGCUGGCCCACUGUCCGUGCCCGGCAGGUUCCCCGGCCCACCCCAUGUGCCCAGAACUCAGAGGGGCGGCCGCCAAGGACCAGGGCCUGAAUGGGGAGGUCACUUCCAAGGGCAGAUGGGACCUGCCCCUCCAGGACUCACUGGGUUCAGAUCGUUCGCCCAAAUCCCGUUGGCCUCCUUGGGCCCUCAGGCGCGGACAGAACAGAAAUUUCCAAGCGGCCUCUCCGACCCAAGAAGCUGGCCAGGCUGUUGAGGUUGAUGAAGGCAGAAGCUCCCGUGGGCCCUUGGACCCCGCUCCUGAGCGUUUCCUCACCACCCUCUUCUCCUGGCAGCGACUCCCCAGGCAGACUCAGAUCCCCCAGCCUGCUGGGGACAGCUUCUCCUCGGAGGGGACAGGCUCACAGACAUCUCUGGAGGACUCGCCCCACACGAGUCCCCCUGCUUCCCUCUAGCUGGGAGUUCCCAUCAAUCACACCAGGCUCCCGAGGGCGAGGGGAGGGGGUGCCUGGGGUGGAGCCCAGCAACAGAUGGGGAGCCCGGGACUAUCCCUCAGAACGUGGCUACUGAGUUUGGCCCGUGCUUGGAGGAUGAGAACCCGGCACCUGCUCCUGGCCCCAGGUAGCUCUGGGAAG